AUGUGGGGACCCGGGGUCACCGCCGAGGGCCUGUCAGUGGCGCCCGCGCCGCCGCCUCUGCUGCCGCUGCUUUUGCUGCUGGCGCUGGCGCUGGUGGCGCCCUCGCGGGGCGGCGGGGGCUGCGCGGAGCUGGCGUGCGGGGAGCGCGAGCGCUGCUGCGACUCGGCCAACGCCACGGCGGUGCGCUGCUGCAAGCUGCCGCUCCACGCCUUCCUCGACAACGUGGGCUGGUUCGUCCGCAAGCUCUCGGGGCUGCUCAUCCUGCUCGUGCUCUUCGCCAUCGGCUACUUCCUGCAGCGCAUCAUAUGCCCCAGCCCACGCAGGUACCCGCGCGGCCAGGCACGACCCGGUCCGGCACGACCCGGGCCUCCUGGGGGCGCCGGGCCAUCGGGGGACACGGGGCCGCCUGACGACGACGAUGCGCCCGCUCUGCUGCGCGACGAGGCGGCCGCCGGCUCGCAGGACUCGCUGCUGGACAGUGGCAGUGGCGGUGGCCGAGGCCGGGGAGGAGGCGGCGGGCGCCUGGCCCCGUCCUGCGCCUCGGAGCACGAGCUGCGGGUCGUCACGCCCGCCUUCCUCCAGCUGCCCAGCUACGAGGAGGUCAAGUACCUGCCCACCUACGAGGAGUCCAUGAGGCUUCAGCAGCUCAGCCCUGGGGAGGUCGUGCUGCCGGUGUCGGUGCUCGAUCGUCCACGAGGCGGCGGUGCCGGGGACCCCGACGGCGGCGAGGGCCGCUUCCCGCUCAUCUGA